CAGGGGAGGGCGGGGCCGGGCGAGGAGGAUCUGAGGCGUGGCUGCGAAACCAGGGUCUCUUUCGCUUUCCCUUUUGUUCUUUCCAACGGCCACGGAAGAUUCCGCGCGCGUGAGGGGAGCGCGACUUGUCGGGAGCGCUGGUUGCCGCCUGGGCCUGCGCCCCUACUGUCCCGGAGCACCUUCCCGGCUCCGCGCCCAGAUUGCGCCACGUAACCUUGACCCCGCUACUCCCCUGCAGCUCCCGCGGACGCACCGACGAAUCGAUUCGCACGCUGGAAGCGAUUGAGUCAAAGGGGCGUCCCGAGGCCAAGAAGCCCCGUGCGCCAUGCAAUCCACUCCCGACUGGCCCCCAACGCCGGGUGCCCUACGGCCGUCUCCUUUCCCGCACCCUGUACUGCACGUCCUCCACCGCCUGGCCCGAGCCCUGCUCUUUCCGGCUUACUGGGCGCUGGACCGGCUGCUGGGCUGCUGGGCGCCGGUGGUGCGCCCGAGCUGCCGGAGCGCGCUGACCUCAGCCGCGUGGGCCGCGGCGGCGCUGCUGCUGCUGCUCCUGGUCGGCCUGCCCCUGGCACUGCCCAGCCUGCUGCUCUGGCUGCUCCUGCAGGCUUGGCGCCGCCCUUUCUGCUACCGGCCCCCUCCGCAGUACUGGGAGCCCCCAGCGCCCUGGCGCCCCCCAGCUGAGCCCGCGCGCUGCUUUGGCUUCCUCAGCGCCAACCUGUGUCUGCUCCCCGACGGGCUAGCGCGCUUCAACAACCUGCAGCACAGCCAGCGGCGCGCCGAGGCUAUAGGCGCCACGCUUCUCGCCGGCCUGCGGCCCUCACGCUAUGGGAUUACGGGCUCCAGUCCGCCAGGGGCGGGGACGCCCGGUGGGGUGCUGAUAGCCGCGGUGCCGGCAGGUCUGGACUUCGUGUGCCUGCAGGAGGUGUUCGACCUGCGCGCGGCGCACCGCCUCGUCAGCCGCCUAGCGCCCAAUCUGGGCCCGGUGCUGUACGACGUGGGCUCCUUUGGCCUGCAGCCCGGGCCGCACCUCAAGCUGCUUGGCAGCGGGCUGCUGCUGGCCUCACGUUAUCCGCUGCUGCGCGCCGCCUUCCGAUCCUUCCCCCACGCACGUCGCGAGGAUGCGCUGGCCUCCAAGGGACUGCUUUCCGCACAGGCGCAGGUGGGCAUCCUGGACGGGCGCCCCAUCGUGGGCUUCCUGCACUGCACGCACUUGCAUGCGCCGAGUGGUGAGCCUAGCGGACGGGAUGGUCAGCACGUGGGCAGGUGCUUCUCAUCCUGGCGGCGGCGGGUCCCAACCCUCGUCUGCAUCUCCGCCCCCCCGCCCCCGCGGUUGUCCACUGCCCCAAGCAUCGCGAGCCGGGUGGAGCGCCCUGGUGGGCUCACAGAUCAGGGCGGGGCGGAAGGGUUGGUGGGGUGCGCAUCUGGGCUCAGCCUUCCUCCCCCCACCCCCGCAGGGGACGGGCCCUUGCGCUGCAAACAGCUGACGCUUCUGCUGGACUGGAUGGAGCAGUUUGAAGCCGAGAGCCGCCAGAGUGGCGAAGCCGUGGCCUUCAGCGUGCUUCUGGGUGACCUAAACUUCGACAACUGUUCUUUAGACCACGCAAAGGAGCAGGAGCACGAGCUCUUCAGCCACUUCUGGGACCCCUGCCGGCUGGGCACUCGCCGGGAGCAGCCCUGGGCCCUCGGCACGGUGCUGAACACCUCCACUCUGCACCACUCGGUGGCCUGCUCUCCAGAGAUGCUGCGGAGGGCCCUGGAGGAGGAGGGAGGGCGCCACCGCUACCUGGCAGGCCCUCCCGGCAGAGGCCCGCGGGCUAAGCCCUGGCGGGGCCGGCGACUAGACUACGUCAUGUACCGGGGAGUGGCCGGAGGCCCGCUGAACCCAGAGGUGGAGCAGGUGACUUUCAGCACCGCCCUGGCGGGGCUCACAGACCACCUGGCCGUGGGACUUCGGCUCCGAGUGUCCGCGCCCUCCUGACGCACACACGCACGCAGGCCGGGUGGAAAGACGGACACGGACACAGA